GUGGUGGUGACCUGGGGGUCGGCCAGGCCGUGAGAUGGUUGCAGCUUGGCUCAGAGGAGACUGAGAGCGGAGAAGAAGAGGAAGAAUGGGCAGGAGAGCCUGGGGCUGCUGGCUAAGCGUUGUCUCCACUGCAGUGCUCUACGGCUCGUUGGCCCUGUUCAUCUCCAUCCUCCACAAUGUGUUCCUGCUGUACUACGUGGAGACCUUUGUGUCCAUCUACAAGAUCGACAAGCUCUCCUUCUGGGUCGGAGAGGCGGUGUUCCUCAUAUGGAACAGUGUGAAUGACCCUCUCUUCGGCUGGCUGAGCGAUCGCUCCUUCCUCACCUCGCCACAGUCGGGCCCUCCGAUCACGACUCCGGAGGUGGUGCUGAAGCGCCUGAAGGCCCUGUCCACGAAUGGGCCCCUCUUCGCCCUGUCCUUCCUGGCCUUCUGGGUGGCGUGGGCCAGCCCGGGCCUGCAGUUCCUGCUGUGCCUGUGCCUGUACGACGGCUUCCUCACCAUGGUGGACCUCCACCACAGCGCCCUGCUGGCCGACCUCGCCGUGUGCGACGCCGACCGCACGCGGCUCAACUUCCACUGCUCGGUGUUCAGCGCGCUGGGCUCCCUCUCCGUGUUCCUGUCCUACUCCUUCUGGGACAAGGAGGACUUCUUCUCCUUCCGUCUCUUCUGUGUGGCCCUCGCGGCCUUUUCCAUCCUGGGCUUUUUCUUGGUGUCGCGGUCGCUUCGCCGACGCUUCCAAAAGGAAGUGCGCCCGAGACCGGACGAGGCGGCGGCGCUCAAAGAGCUGAGCGUCGGCCAUGCUCCCCUCGCCCACACCGAGAAGCCGGUCACCAUCAGACAGUACCUCGGGCAGCUCUCCAAACACAGGAACUUCAUGUGGUUUGUGUCGAUGAACCUCGUUCAGGUGUUUCACUGCCACUUUAACAACAACUUCUUCCCUCUUUUUCUGGAACAUCUCCUGUCGGACAACAUCACGGCCUCCACGGGUUCCCUCCUACUCGGCAUCUCAUACAUUGCCCCCCACGUGAACAACUUGUAUUUCCUGACACUGUGCCAGCGUUACGGGGUUUACCAGGUUAUCCGCUGGCUUUUUAUGCUCAAACUGGGACUUAGUGUGGCUAUGCUGCUGGCAGGGGCUGACCACAUUUAUCUGCUGUGCAUCUUCAUCGCUAGCAACCGCGUCUUCACGGAGGGGACGUGCAAGCUGCUGAAGCUGGUUAUUUCCGAUCUGGUGGACGAGGACUUUGUGGUGAACCGGCGUCAGCAGGCCACCUCCGCUCUCCUCUUCGGGAUGGUCGCCUUGUUGACCAAACCGGGCCAGACCUUCGCCCCGCUCAUCGGCACCUGGCUGCUGUGCGUUUACACAGGUUACGAUGUAUUUCAGAGGGAGACGGCGGGGGACGCCGUGGUUGCUGUGCCGGAGGCCGCCUUCGGCUCGGGGACGCCGCCUCUCCGUCUGGGCUGCUUCCACAUGGUGGUGUUUGUGCCUAUCACCUGUGCCCUGCUCCAGCUGGCCGCCUGGUCUCGCUUCACCCUCCACGGCCGGAAACUGCAAGGGAUCAAGGCGCUGAGGCAAGGGGCCCAGCACGGCCACCUCAUUGACGUCAAGGCCAUUUAAAGCUCAACAGAGCUGCACGCAGACACUUUUAAAAAUGAUCGGUUUUUACCAUUUCAGCCUCGUGGGCGGGAAUAAGGAACCACUGCACAACGUGUGGCUUUGUGGAUGGUGAGAGAUGCACAAGAGGAAAAACAAAUGAAACUUGCCUUAUUUUUUAUAUUAGAUUGACUUAUUUAUAUUUGAAGAGAUGACCAAAAGAUGAAGUCAAACCAAUCAAUCCUUUGGGGAUGUAGUCGGACCAAGGUGAGAACUUCUCGCGCUGUGCGCAAAAGAUGGGGCGCCUGCUUUCAAACGGUUUUAACAGUAAAUAUUGCCUAGAUUCAAACGCCAUAGCUGCUGGGUAAUUUAUCAGUAACAUCAGCCAGAUGUAAGAACGAUGUGUAGUAAGUUUACGACCAUUCAGUUCUGAUCUGAUGUUUAACAAAUGAAGAGCAUGAAAUAAACUUGCAUUGAUGUGUUCAGAGUGCCAUUGAAACUGCAUGGAAUCUACGUCCAACUGUUUUACUGUUUCUUUACGCUUACACAGAUCUGUGUUUUCUAAUCCGUGCCGUAUUGAUUGAUGUUUUUGCACAAAACUGCCACUUGUCGGUUGUACCUCCAUCAUUGUGACUGGACAUAUUUUGUGUACUGUACUAAUAGAACCGUACUCUACACGGGUAACCAUCUCAUCCCGUUCCUUUUGUAAUAUUUCAGAUAAUACAAAGGAUGCUUUGCGUUACCACAAAUAAACCAUCUAAAAGUCAA